ACUUUAUUGAAUGUAAAAAAUCAAUACAAAACAAUGUUGAACAGUGAACAACAACGAAGGAACAAGCCAGGGGGUUUAUACAUUUUAUGCAUAUAUAUUGAAACUAAUACACAGAUCUAAUGUUUUGAUGGCGUUCUUAUUAUCAGAGUUUCUUAUUGUCUUAAUGUAUUGUUUGAACUCAUUAAUAAAGAUUGAAAAAUGAGGGGUAUGCUAUAGAAUUUUUUUUUUAUUUAUUUAUAGAACACAAUACAAAACAAUACCAGAACAUUUACAUAAAAAUUACAAAAUAUGGCGAAUACAAAAGAGAAUACUAUAAUUGGAAAGGGUAUGCUAUAGAAAGCAUUGUCAUGUGGGCACCGAUGACCUCACCAAGAUGGCGUCGCGCUCCGCCACCAUUGGCCAGGCAUCUCAAGCGGGCGUGUCUCCUCUAGCGGUGUGACUCAUUCCGCCAGCCACUAAACGGCGCUGCCCAGGUCCACCACCAAAAUGUCUCUCGGAAGAAACACUGGUUACCUUUUAUUGGUUCCUCUUACGACAAAUAGCUACCGCCGCCUCAUUUAACAACCAAUGUUGGACAUCGACCGCCGGACAACCGCUCAGCUGCCAAAACCUCACGACAAAUUUCAGUCUGCUGUCCGUGGUGGGUUCCGUCUGUCUGCGUUACAUAAAGAAAAAUGAGGAGAGUGUGGUUGUGCUGACAGCCUGCUCACAAGUGUGAUGGAGGAAAUCGAGGAGCUCUCGCCUCUUCGUGUCGCUUCCACCGUGCAGGCGCUCAGCUCCGCGCUGCGGGGGAACCGAGAAAAUGCUCCCGCUGCAAACCGGAGCAAGGGAGACAGAGUGUUCCCGGAUCCGGAGAAGCUCUGGUUCAAGGAGAGCAGCGCCAAAAACCUGCGGAACCGGGACUUCUUGUCGCCCGCCACUGUGCUCAACACGCUGUACGCGGACGGACAGGUUCCUCCUGCAGUGAUGUCCAGAGUCCUGUCUCUCCGUGGAAGUGGGGUGCUCCCUGUUGCUGGUGCUGAGGUGAUGGGCGAAGGCUUGAGGCUGCGGGUGGACCGGGCUGCUGCCUUUAAGGCCGUCCUUGCAGGUCAAACGGCGGAUUAUCUGAAGCCUUCAAGUCAAAAGGAAGGCUGCGUUUUGAUCAACUGUCCUGCACUUCACCCCAAAAUCUACACACCCACUCCUGAAACGCUGACUCUGGGCCAGUUGAGAACUGUUCUACUGGCUGACCAUAUGGGGGCGCUGUUGAGAAGCCAGGGAUUUUCAGUGUUUUAUUGCCCCAAGCUUCCCAAAGACGGCAACAUCGUCGCCUUCCUUCGAGCGCUCGGAAUUGAUUGGCCAACAGCUGCGGCAGAUUUGACCUAUGAGGAGCAGGAGGAGCAGAUCCUCAAAGCUCUGGAGAGCUCAAUAUAUCGAGAAGAGGGAGCAGAUCGAGGCAGAAAGACCUGCAGAGGAGGAGGAGGAGACGGAGGGAAGAAAGUAGAGGAGGAAGAGGAAAAUGAGGGAGCGCUUCGAAUCAACUUGAAACGUGUUUUCCAAGAGGAGGGGCUGCUGGGAUAUGACCCCAGCCUUGGUACCUGUACAGUUCAGAGAGACAGCAUUUCCCAACUGGCACAACUGGAUUUAUGCACAGCUGACUGCACUGACGUCACUGUCACCGUGUUGCAUGUGACUUCCUGCCAGGACGAGUUCCGCCAGCAGCAGAUGGCGAUGUUGUGGAGAGCGAGUGGAGCGCCGCAUGCACAGAAACAUGUUGUGUGUGGGCCUGUGAAGACUCCUGGUUCUCACCUCACUGCUGCACAGUACCUGCAGCUGAGAAGCGGUCAGAUGAAGGAGGCGUCAGAGAUGAAGUACGGAGAUCAAGUCGAGGGUCAGACGUGGGAUGACAUCAUCAAAGUGAUGACUUCUGCCACGGUCAGGUUUGAGCUGCUGUCGACAGUCCACACCAGUCCAGUGACGCUGGACGUCCAGAAGGAAGGGGGAGUGUCCACAAAGGGACCCCGAGGAGGAGUGUUUGUUAUGUAUAACUGUGCCAGACUGCACACUCUGUUUGACAGCUAUGAGAGAGGAGUUGAGAAAGGUUUGUACCCAGAAAUCCCUGAAGGUUCCCAGCUGGACUUUUCUGCUCUCAAAGAAGAGGGGGAGUGGCUCCUCCUCUUCAAUUACCUCAUUCCCUUCUCUGAGCUGUUGGACCAAUCAGGACAAGCCAUUGGUUAUGAGGGGGGAGGAGCUAGAGCUAACAUCAAGACUGAACAGAUCUGUAAGUUUCUUGUGUCUCUCAGUAAAGACUUCAGCUCGUAUUACAACAGAGUCCAUGUAUUGGGGGAGCCGCUGCCUCACCUCUUCAACCAGAUGUUCUGUCGCCUCUAUCUGCUUCGAGCUUUGAGGGAGCUCUACCACAGCGCUCUGGAGACUCUUAACCUGCCCCCCAUCAGGCAGCUAUAGUCUCCUGUGAAUCCUCUUGUAUUUAAAUUGAACCUAAUGUCUCCUCUGAUGCACACUGCUUCUGUCUAGCGUGUCUUCUUCAAAAAAAGCUAGUUCUCAGCUCAGUUAUUUCAAAGAUGUCAGUGUUGCAAUUAAGUAUUAAUCUUGUGUCUCUUUAAUUCACAGACCAACUGAGAAGCAAACGAGGCUUCAAAAAGCAGACUUUUCAAAUGUUUCCCAGUGUUCUUGGAGCAGCAAGAUCUGGAUGUAGCAUGAGUUCAGCAGUUUCAUUUUAAGAAAGCUGACUGGUUUUAGUGUUUUAUUUUUUUUAUUUAAUCUGACUCCCCUUAUCAGAUGAUUUUGAUGAUGGGGAGUCAGGCUGCUGCAGUCUUAUUCCAUCACAUUCGACUAAGCCCCAGUGAUGCGAAGGUCAGGGUUCGCGCUUCCUGAACUACAGAAAUAAAGUGGUUUUGGUUUGAGUUUAGUGCCAAAAAACAGCAUAAAUAUUUGCUUGUAGGACUCGUGUAACUUUUCAUAGGCUUACAUUUUAAAUGUUGAUAAUUGGAUAAUCUGGAAAAUGAGUUUGGCUUUUAUUUUUUUAUUUUUUUUUACCUUUUAUGAUCGUAAACUUAUAGCUGAGAUCUACAAGUCAGUUCCUAAAUAAAGUUUGAACCUUUGGAACUUUCUCUAAUUCUAGUGAUCUGUUUUUGUGGGAGUUGCCUGUUAGAAAGAGGACAAGUUAUCAUGAUGGUUGUAUUAAAACUACAGUUACAACAAAAUGAAUUUAAUGAAAGUAAACAACACAUCGCCAAAUAUAAAUCUUUGUGUAAAACCAAGAAUUUAUUGUAAUCGCUGCAGAAUGUGCUGUUCACGCCAUCAAAAGCAGUUAGAAUGUCCUCUUUUGUGUUUUUGUAUAAUUAAAUCUAAUUUAAUGUGCACAGAAUUUUAUUAUUAAAUGCAUACAAUUAAGAAAUAAAACUGUGAAGGACAUAUUUAUGUUAAUUGUACAAAAAAACUGGCGUUUUUUUUUUGCUAUUUUGUUUAAGGGUAAUAUUUGAAGGGGUGUAUUUGCAUGAAGCUGGGAUGUGUACAGAUUUUUCUUGAUAAUAAAUAUGUAAAAAAAAAAAAAAAAAAAAGAUGAUCUGACCCUCUUCAGCACUCUUCCUAAAAAUAAAGUGUGUCAUUUAAAUGGUAAUGAAAGAUGGAAAUAUUUCUUGUCAGUUAAAAGCUUAAAGCUGUGAAGAAUAAAUGUAUCCUUCAUCACAAGAUUAUACAGAGACUUUUAUUAUCCUAGGUAACAAAUUGCACUUGUUGUACUAAAGCAAUUAUUUAACAGAGCAGAGGGUUUUUGGAUAAAUAUUCUGUUGUACCACAUGAUAAAUAUAUGAAUAUAUGCCAAAAUGGGAAAAAUAGCAGCCUUAUUUGAUUUUUUUUUCAGUAUUUUUUUUUAUAUAUUCCAUUUUAAAAUGUGCCAUCGCUUAACCUCUACUGUUUUGUCAGUUGUGAUGAUUGCUACAGUUUUCGUCGCAUGCAGAAUGCAGAUGUGUUUAAGCGUCUUUAGGUUUUUCUACUUUCCUUUCAAAUGAGUUCAGAGGGAAUUCAGUUUUUACAAAAGGUUAUUUUUUUUUCACAGAAAAAUGUACAUUAAAUCAAAGGAUGUGCACCAAAAGAGAUAUUAAGACCUUCCUUCUUUUAUUGAAUGCAAACAGUGUGUGUGUGUGUUUGUGUGUAGCAUGCAUAUUAAACUGUACUAUGUCCACAUAGUUGUCUUAUGUGCAGACAUCAAAAUCUGACCCUUCAGCCAUCAUAGUUAUCCCUAAAAAUGUUUGUGAAAACCCUUUUUUUGAACAACUUCAGAAGAAUCUACAGUUUUAUUUAACAUUUUUUAUAAUGAAAAUGGCUCCUGUUGAUUAAUUUAAAUGACACAUGUAAUAUAUUUCUGUCUAUUUUUGUUUCGGGUGUUAAAAAUUGUUCAAUUAAGCAUGAUGUCACAUUCUAUCCACGUUUAGCUUCAGUGACACACCCACUCAGGGUUCCUCCUAAUGAAAGCUGACAUUUCGGUGUUUUUGUCCGUCUGUACUCGCGCUCAUCUGUCUGACAGUCUUUCUGCGUUGUUUACUGUAACAUUAAAGGGAACAAGCAAAGGCGGAGGCUCUGAAUGUUUUCUUUUUUUUCCUCCGUGAGACUGUUGAAGUCAAGCAUUAUGCUUUUCAGUUUGGAUACUUUCCACGUAAACUUUCUUUCCUUUUCUUGAUUGUCUCCGUUUCAUUCAUCUUCCAUUCCUGCUUUGUCCUCUGCAAGGUCACAGAAAGAUGCUGGAGCCCGUUUAGCCUAAUUUCAGAGGAAAAGGCCCGUUACACCCUGGAGAGGUCGCUGGUCCACCGUGAGGCCACACAAAGACAAACUCACCCCUAAGAGACUAUUUAGAUUCACCAAACAAUGUAAAACAAACUGCUUCCUCAAAAUCGUUUUGUGCCAUUUUACAGUUCAUGGCUCCCGGAAUGUCCAAAAAUUGUACAAUCAAUCAAAUAGAAAUAAAAACCUUUUCUGGC